AUGAUUUGCCGGAAUGUUUAUCAGAAAAAGCUAUGGAGCUCCGGCGACUGGUUGCGGUGUGUCUACUCCUCCAUUGCUCUGUCGUCGAAGGCUGACGGUGGUGGAGCCCUGAAAACCUAUCUAAUACUUUUUCAAUCUCAAGCUCAAUUUUUUACUCUUCCAGCGACGCCGUUUCGAUUGAAUAGUGAUAAUAAAUUCUAUUCCUGGAAUGUUCCAUUUGGGAUUAAAGGGUGUUGCUUUACUACUCAAGCUGCGGCUGAUCUUCCCGUCAAUGGGAUGGUCGAUGUGCCGUUGGCGCAAACUGGUGAAGGUAUAGCUGAAUGUGAACUUCUUCAAUGGUUUGUACAGGAGGGUGACCAAGUUGAAGAAUUCCAACCUCUUUGUGAAGUUCAAAGUGACAAAGCAACCAUAGAAAUAACGAGUCGUUACAGAGGAAAAGUUUCCCAUGUUCUCCAUGUUCCAGGCAACAUUGUGAAGGUUGGAGAAACUCUUUUGAAAAUGUCAAUUGAUGAAAAUUCUCCUGCUAUUCAAACUCUUGAGGGUUCAGAGCCUAUUGAAGUAAAUGAUUCCAAUAAAAGCGAUUCAGAUAGCCAUUAUUCAAGGCUUGGAAAAGCCAAGGUUGCUGGAGUAUUAUCCACGCCUGCUGUUCGUAAUCUUUCAAAGCAAUUAGGUGUAAAUCUUGAAGAUGUGCUUGGAACUGGUAAAGAUGGAAGGGUGUUGAGAGAGGAUGUCCUCAGUUAUGCUGCACGAAAAGGAAUUUUCGUGGAAGGUUCAGCAUCCAAUGCUUCUUCUGCCCAACAAUUUCUAGGAGGAGAUGAGAAACACCAUGAUGUUUCAUUUACUAAUGGAUGGCAAUACGAAGAUAAGACCAUUCCUGUGAGGGGUUUCCAGCGUGCUAUGGUCAAGUCAAUGACCGAGGCUGCAAAAAUUCCACAUUUUCAUUACGUAGAAGAUUUAAAUUGCGACGCACUCGUUGAGCUCAAGUCGUCAUUCCAAAAUGAGAAUUCUGAUCCAGAUGUCAAGCAUACUUUCCUUCCCACAUUGAUAAAGUCACUAUCGAUGGCAUUGAAUAAAUAUCCCAUGCUAAAUAGUUGCUUCAAUGAGGAAUUUCAAGAGGUGAUUCUUAAAGGGUCCCACAACAUUGGGAUUGCUAUGGCUACUCCAUAUGGUUUGGUUGUACCAAACAUAAAGAAGGUUCAAUCUCUUUCCAUCUUGGAGAUUACGAAAGAACUGUCUCGACUACAGAAAUUGGCUUUAGCUAACAAGCUUAAUCCUGAUGAUAUAUCCGAUGGAACUAUUACUUUAAGCAAUAUUGGUGCAAUUGGUGGAAAAUUCGGUUCCCCUCUUAUCAAUGUGCCUGAAGUUUCCAUCAUAGCGCUUGGACGAAUACAGAAAAUUCCUCAAUUUUCUGAAGACGGAAGUGUUUAUCCUGCGUCCAUUAUGACUGUGAAUAUUGGUGCUGAUCAUAGAGUUCUGGACGGAGCAACUGUUGCUCGGUUCUGUAAUGAGUGGAAGCUAUUCAUUGAAAAACCAGAGCUCUUGAUGUUGCGUAUGAAAUGA